CCGAGGCUCUAUCUUUCAAUGGACCAAAUCCUCGUGGAUUAGAAGCCAUGUUCAUAGCACCGCGGACCGCACCUUGGCAUUGUACCACCAGAACGCUCGAGUCGUACAGGUGUUGUACCAUCUCGGUAUUAUCUUUCGAAGCGUUUUUGCUACUCGUCUGAGUUCGAGAAAGAUCUCUUGCACGUGCAAACGUCGUGUUGGUAGAACAUCUCUUUGCCCACGUCCAUCCAGAAGUGACUUGCCAUGCGUCAGAGGAAGCAAAAUCUCGACAGAUUUGACGGAUAUGUUAUGAAUGACAUCCCUAUCCGCCUCAUCCGCCUAUCAGACAUGAAGUUUGUUGGGCGUGGUGAUGUGAGGAAGCACUUCCGGAGCUCUGUUGAGCACUCGUAUUCCUAUUAUCCCCACGAGCAUGUCAAGUACGCCAUUCUGUCUCACCGAUGGCUGGAUGGAGGAGAACCAACCUACGAAGAGAUGAAAGCCGGCACAGCAUCAGGUCCGGGAUAUGAGAAGCUGAAGAAAUUCUGCGAGAAAGCGAGGGAGUACGACACGGAAUUUGCGUGGUCGGAUACGUGCUGCAUUGACAAGAGCAGCAGUACCGAGCUCGACGAGUCCAUUCGCUCCAUGUUUCGGUGGUACGAAAAUUCGACCAUUUGCAUCGUCCAUCUGGCACAAAGCAAGACCAUCGAGGGUAUAUUGCAUGAUGAAUGGACGAGAAGGGUCUGGACUUUACAAGAACUUCUUGCACCCCGCAAUAUCAAAAUUUUCAACAAGUACUGGAUUCCCCUGACGGGUCAUAGAAAUGACAAGGAAGACCAAGAGUCCAAAGUAAUGGAAACUCUGGAAACAGCCACCGGCAUUCCUCGCUGUGAUCUCUACUCGUUCUCUCCGCAUUUCCUGCCUCAGAGGCUGGAUGAGCGGAUGGCCUGGGCUGCCAGACGCAAAGCUACAAGGGUCGAGGAUGUGGCUUAUUCCCUAAUGGGAAUUUUCGAUGUAAGCCUGCAGAUCGCGUAUGGAGAAGGAGGCGACCGCGCAUUCCGGAGACUUAUCGACGCCAUCAUGCAGGAUGGUGACCCUUCUAUCCUCAACUGGGUGGGCAACCAUGCACCAUUCAGCGUUUCGCGUGCCGUUCCUUACUCGCCAGAGAGCUUCGUUGGUUCUCGCAACGUGAUGUUGGAUAUAUUUACACAGCCGCUGGAGAUGAAUAUGACCAGCCUCGGUCUGCGAGUAUCUCUGGUGAUCCUCCCUCUCAGUUACCAUUCGCAUGAGGAGCAGGGGCCCCUGCGCCUCCAUGUCGUACUCGGCUGCCCGUUGUGUCCGACCAUCAAAGUUGAUAUCAACCCAUUGGCCCACGCUCUUGAGUGGCAGCAUCUCAGCCAAUUCGAGUACGCCCUCGGCAUUGUCAAUUAUUCACUUUUUAGUGAAAGAUCACGCAAGGUCUUAGGGAUCCGGGGCAAGUCGGUCGGCCUCAUCCUGUACCGAAACUCCUGCAGCUCCAGCUCGCUCUCUUCUCUCAUUUGUAAUCCUAGAGGUACCGACUUCGUUGGAUUUAAAUUCGCCUCUCCCCCAGAAGAGACGUCUAGGUGGGAGCUACUACACGGUGUGGGCUUGAUCGAGGUUGAGUUCCCGAACAUACCAAGUGAAUCAUUGUUCUUCAUUGACCCUGAAUACCUAGAAACUGUACAUUUGUAG